UUGGAUCCAUCCGCACCUGUCCUUCGUACCACCGCCACCACCACCGAGCCGUCAUCGGCCUCUUCCUCUGGGCAUGGAGAACACCCGCUGCUUCGCGAACCGCUUCUCGGACUACAGGGGCGCCCUUCUGCCUGGCCAGGGCGCCGAGGCCGUGGCUCCGGCUGUAGUGGCCACGGUGGACAAGAUCCUCAAAAAGGUCCCCGGCGACGUGGGCGACUACGACGGCGGGCUGUACGACGGUCCCGCUGGGGUGGCGUACAUGCUGUAUCACGUCAGCGAGUGUCCGCUCUUCUCGGAGCGGAGGGACGCCUACCUGAAGGCGGCCAAGCACAUCAUCGACGUGUCGAUGCGCUACGUGGACGCCGAGCCGGACAAGAACAUGCGCGCCGCCUUCCUGCUCGGCGGAGCGGGCAUCUACGCCGUCGCCGCGAUGAUAUACAAGUCCCUCGGCUUGGCUGACUUCGUCAAACCGCUGACGAAAUUUCGCAGCCUGUGGGAAGUGUGUGCGCCCAUCCAUUUCCUGGAAUGCGGCUCUGAUGAGCUGUUUGUGGGCCGGGCAGGCUACUUGUGUGCCGCCCUGGUCCUCAGACAAAAGCUGGGCAUUGAGAUUCUCAGCAAGGAUCAAAUCAAAUCCAUUUGCCAGGCCAUCAUCGAGUCAGGAAAGCAAUAUGCCAGGAAGAAGAGGAAACCUUUCCCCCUCAUGUACUCCUACUACGGGACAGAGUACCUUGGCGCCGCCCACGGCCUGUCAUCGGUGCUGCAGAUGCUGCUGAGCUACCAGGACAUGCUGAGCGGGGCCGACAAGGACCUGGUGUGGCAGAGUGUCGACUUCCUCAUGAACCAGGAGCAGAACUGCAACUGGCCCGCCGAGCUGGGCGCCAUCAUCGAGAGGGAGAACGAACUGGUCCACUGGUGUCAUGGAGCUCCAGGUGUGGCCUAUCUGUUUGCCAAGGCCUACCUCAUCAACAAGAAGCCCCAGUACUUGGACACGUGCAUCCGCAGUGGAGAGCUGGUGUGGCAGAAAGGUCUGCUGAAGAAAGGACCUGGCAUCUGUCACGGAGUGGCCGGCAGCGCUUAUGUCUUCCUGCUGCUCUAUCGCCUCACCGGGAACUCUAAAUACAUCUACCGGGCUCAGAGGUUUGCAGAGUUCCUCUUCACCGAGGAGUUCAAGUCAGGCUCGCGCUCGUUGACCAGCGUCUACAGUCUGUUCGAAGGCCUGUCCGGCACCGUCUGCUUCCUGGUGGACCUGCUGCAACCCGACCAGGCAGAAUUCCCACUGUUCACCGUCUUUGAGUGAAGGACAGAAGACGAGGAAAAAGAGGAACACCACAGGUAGACGUCUAAGUGCAGUUGCCGUAGAAACAGAUCUUGUUCUGUUUGUGUGUGUGUGCGUGUGCGUGUGUUUUGAAGUGUAUGUUCAGCUUUUUCCAGCUUUAUACCAGAUUCAUCCCACUCAGCGUCACAUUGUCAACGUAUGCUACUAAAAUACGAGACAAGUUUGGGACAACGGUGAAUUUAAAAAAACAAAAAACAAAAAUGUAGCACAUUAUAAACAUGUGCUGUUCUCAGGUGUAAUUCAAAGAAAUGCACACAUGAAUUUUAACGGCAAUCUCACACACACACACACAAAAAAGAAAUGCACACAAUGCCUUUAAAAGUUUUCUACCACUUCACCAGCUCAGCACGUAUCGUCCACUUGUAUUUUGGCUCCUUCAUUUAAAAAAGAAAAAUAAGUUAAAUUGAAAAAGUGGUAGAGAGGUUAAAUAGAGGUCAUUUAUUGUGUUAGUAAGUGCAAUAUUUUUAAGACUGCGUCUUGUCUGCGUUGUGUUUUUUUUCUAUGAUGGGUUAUCUGUGGAGGCCUUUGACAUGUUCACUGUGUCGUCAUUGACUUCCAGAUAGUGUGUAACGCCGAGCUACCUGUAUGUGUGUGUUAGUCUCUAGAUUGUGACAUCAACUGAGAUCACCCUUUCUGAGUUGAUUUGUGUGAUAAUGAGGCCUUAAAACCAACUUGAAGAUGACUACAGUUGGUUUAAAAAAGAAAAAGAAAAGAAAGGAAAAAAAAAAGGCCAGUGAAUUCAGCAAACGUCAAACCAAAGUUUUUGGAUGCUAAUCGUGCCUGUUUGUAGUGUUUCUACACCGUGUAUGUUUGUGCUGUUUUUUGCACAUGUGGCCCGACAAGUCUAAUGGAUGGUUGUCGUCGAUAGUAAUAAAGUGUCCAGGUGAAAUUAAUAAAUGGCUCAUCGUGUUCUUGAGUAUGUACUUGUCAAUAUGAUGAAAAAGCGUAUACGGUCCCAAAUCAUAACCAUACAGUCGUCCCUUGCGACUUUGAAUUUCGUGGCUUCACUCUAUCGCUGUUUUUCAAAAUAUUUCAGCGCUUUUUCAUGAUUGACCGCUAGGGAUGCGCCCAUCAGAGUUUUAUGCUGCUGAUUCCGAUACCGAUCAUCCGGGACUGAAAUUGGCCGAUAGCGAUCACAUGGAUUAAUUAUAUAUUUUUCAAUUUAUUUAUAAUGAGCACUAUUGGCCUGGGGUGCCUCAUAAAGGGGAAAAGUAAAAAAAAGUAUUAAAAAAAAAAAACUGUUGAAAGGCAUUUAUUGGCAUAUGCCGAUCACAUGAUUUUUCACAGAAAUCGGCCGAUACUGAUCGAAGGCCGAUCGAUAGGCGCAUUACUAUUGACUACCUAUUAUUAAUCAAACACUUUGCAUAUUUAAGC